CCCAUUUGCUGUAUUAAUAAAACAAAGAAAUACAUUUAUGAAAAUUAUUCAGGUCACGUGAUAUUUUUUUUGAUAGAUAAAUAUGAUUAUUAUUAUCAGCAGUGUUAUAAAAAAAGAGGUCAAAUUAUUUGUUGAAAACAAUGAGAUAUAUAAAUAAAAUAUAUAAUUAAAAAACGAUUGUCAAUCCAUUUUGGAGAUGGAAAAGAAAGUUUUUAAUGAUGCUGUUCAUGGUCACAUGGAAUUCCAUCCUCUACUUAUCAAAGUCAUUGACACGCCUCAAUUUCAACGUUUGCGUUAUAUUAAACAACUCGGACCUUGUCAUUUUGUUUAUCCAUCUGCUACUCAUACCAGUUUCGAACAUAGUUUAGGAACAUGCUAUUUAGCAACUAAACUGCUUAGAGCGCUUAAAACAACUGACGUUAAAUGGUUCGAUGAAAAAGAUAUACUUCUAGUGUCUUUGGGAGGUCUUUGCAGAAAUUUGGCAAAUGCACCUCUACUUGCUGAUUUUCGAGAGAAAUUUAGACGUGACUUCAAUAUGGAUGAAAAGGAAUUAGCAGUAAAAAUAUUUGAUCAAAUCAUACAAGAAAAUAAUUUACAACAAGAAUUCGAAAAAGAACAAUUUCAAGAGAAGGAUAGAGAAUUUCUUAGAGAUUUGAUUUUAGGUAAAAAAACUGGAGAAUUUACUGAUGUGAAAUUUAGAAAUAGAAAAUUCCUCUAUGAAAUUAUAUGGAAUAAGGAAAGUGGAGUAGAUGUUGAUAGGUUUGAUUACAUUGCAAGGGAUUCUUAUCAUCUUGGAAUUAGAUCAUCAUUUGAUCAUUCUCGUUUUAUUCAAUUCGCAAAAGUUUCCGAAGAUAAAGAUGAUAAAAAUUUUAAAAUAUCUUUAAGAGAAAAAGAGGCAAAGUGCAUUUAUGAAUUAUUCCAUACAAGAUUACAGCUACAUGAGAGAGCUUAUCAGCAUAAAACUUGCAAAGCUAUAGCGUUAAUGAUGUAUGACGCUUUAAUCAUGGCAACGGAUAAUUUUCAAUUGAAAAUAAAGAAUGAAGAAGGAGAAAUUGAAGAAGUAAAACUUGGUGAAAUAUGCCAAAAUGUUGACGCUUUUAAUCAAUUUACUGAUGAGAUAUUUUCAAGAAUACUUUAUUCUACUGACGACAAUUUGAAAGAUGCCCAACAACUUUUAAGGAGAAUCCAUCAAAGGAAACUUUACAGGUGUAUUGUUGAAGUAAGCGAUGAUGAUAAAAUGAAAGAAGUAGAUGAAAUCUUAACUUUUCAUUUAGAAGAUAAAAAAGAAUUACUUACAAAAUACAAAACCAUAUUCAAUUUUGCUCCAGAUAUGAAAAAUAUGAAUCCAGUUGAAAAAUUCCUUUUCUAUAAAAAAUCUGAACCAGACAAACCUUUUAAACUUAAAAAAGAAAGAGUUAGUAAAUUUUUACCUGAGAAUUUUCAAGAAAUUAGACUAAGAGUCUAUUAUAAAGGAGUUGAUAAAGAGGAAUGUCGUGAAAUAAGGGAAAAGUUUAAAGAGCUUUUGGGAAGCGAGUAUAUUCAAUAAAAAAAGAAACUAUUUGGAAAAUUUAACAUUACUGAUUUGACCUUUUUUAUGUAUUAAAAUUCUUCAAAAUGCUGAUUUUAAUGCAAAAAUUAACAAGUUGUAAG